CGCCCCCGUCCCGCCCGCCCGUCCCCAUGGCAGCCGCCGGGCCGGGCCGGGCCAUGGCGGCCGCGCUGUGCCGGGGCCGGGCGCCGCCGCCGCGGCCGCUGGUGGUGAUCCUGGGCGCCACCGGCACCGGCAAGUCGGCGCUGGCGCUGCAGCUCGGGCUGCGCCUCGGCGGGGAGAUCGUCAGCGCCGACUCCAUGCAGGUGUACAAGGGCUUGGACAUCAUCACGAACAAGGUUUCUCCCCAGGAGCAGCGUCUGUGCAGACACCACAUGAUCAGCUUUGUGGAUCCCCUUGUCUCUAACUACACAGUGGUGGAUUUCAGAGACAAAGCUGUGGCUCUGAUUGAAGAUAUCUUUGCCAGAGACAAGAUCCCGAUUGUUGUGGGAGGAACCAACUACUACAUCGAGUCCCUGCUCUGGAAGGUCCUUAUCAACACUAAGGAGAAAGCCAGCACAGCCCCCGGGCCCCUCACCGACCGGAAAGUGGAGCUGGAGCAGCUGGACAGCGUUGAGCUCCAUCGCCGCCUGAGCCAGGUAGACCCAGAGAUGGCAGCCAAGCUGCACCCCCACGACAAGCGCAAAGUGGCCAGGAGCCUCCAAGUGUUUGAAGAGACGGGGAUCCCCCAUAGUGAAAUCUUGCACCAGCAGCAGGAGGAGGAAGGUGGAGGGCCCUUAGGUGGGCCCCUGAAAUACCCACAUUCCUGCAUCCUGUGGCUCCAUGCAGACCAGGCAGCUCUGGACCAGCGGCUGGAGAAGCGGGUGGAUGACAUGCUGGCUGCAGGGCUGCUGGAGGAGCUGCGGGACUUCCACCAGCGCUACAACCGAGAGAAGGUGGCUGCGAACCGGCAGGAUUACCAGCACGGCAUCUUCCAGUCCAUUGGCUUCAAGGAGUUCCACGAGUAUCUCAUCAGCGAGGGGAGUUGCUCACCCGAGACGAGUGCCUUGCUGCUGCAAAAAGGGAUCCAGGCCCUGAAGCAGGUGACCAAGAGAUACGCCCGGAGGCAGAACAAAUGGGUCCGAAACCGCUUCCUGAGACGUCCCGGGCCCAACGUGCCCCCGGUGUAUGGCUUGGAGGUGUCUGAUGUCUUGCGGUGGGAGGAGGAUGUGCUGAAACCUGCUCUGGAGAUUGUGGAGAGCUUCAUCCAGGGACGUGACCCCCCAGCGGAACCUGUGAAGAUGGAGUAUGAUGUAAAUGAGAACAAACGGAGUCAUCGCGUGUGUGAGCUCUGCAAGAGAGUCAUCAUCGGGGACAGGGAGUGGACAGCUCACACACGAUCCAAAUCCCACCUGCACCACGUGAAGAAGAGAAGGAAGCUGGAGGCCGCCAGCCGCGCUGCAGGGACUGCGGGGGACAGCGGGGGUGCGGAGACCUCGGAGGAGGACAGCCGCUUGCCUUUGCCGCCGGCCUGCAAACCAGCUGGUGAGGGGGAGCAGCCGCGCUGCCACCUGUACGGCGAGGAAGCGCUUUAGUCCUGGGUGGCCUUGAACCGAACAAGCAGAGUCAUUUUUAUUUCAGGAUGAGGCAGGUGUGUAAGUGAUGGCCAAAGGCCGUCGGCUGCAUCAGAUCCUCUUCAUGUGGCCUCAUCGCGCCGGGUUCCCAUGCUUCCCCAGCUCAGCCUGGAAAGGGCUGCGCCCCGGGGCAAGGCUGCUGGAGGCAUCCACCCAUGCCAAGUGCUAAUUCCUACCAGAGACGCAGCAUUAUCCUCGGAAUGGUUGAGCCGAUCCUCCUGGCAUGCAAACUUGGUGUUCUCGGGGACAGAAAUCCCCUGCGCUCCUCCAGCUUGGCCAGGAGUGCAGCUCCGGAGCUGAGUGAGCUCUUACUGCCUUUAUUGUGGAGAGGGUUAUUUUUUUUUUUUCCUUUUAUAUGGAAAUAAAGUUGCAAGAUUAUU